GGCGGCGAGGAGCAGCAGCGGCGGCAGGAUGUUAGGGCAGCAGCAGCAGCAACUAUACUCGUCGGCCGCGCUCCUGACCGGGGAGCGGAGCCGGCUCCUCACCUGCUACGUGCAGGACUACCUCGAGUGUGUGGAGUCGCUGCCCCACGACAUGCAGAGGAACGUGUCUGUGCUUCGAGAGCUGGACAACAAAUAUCAAGAAACAUUAAAGGAAAUUGAUGAUGUCUAUGAAAAAUAUAAGAAAGAAGAGGAUUCAAACCAGAAGAAACGCCUACAGCAGCAUCUGCAGAGAGCAUUAAUCAAUAGUCAAGAAUUGGGAGAUGAGAAAAUUCAGAUUGUCACACAGAUGCUCGAACUGGUGGAAAAUCGGGCCAGGCAAAUGGAGUUGCAUUCACAGUGUUUUCAAGAUCCUGCUGAAGGUGAACGGGCCUCGGAUAAGGCGAAGAUGGAUUCCAGCCAACCGGAAAGAUCUUCAAGAAGACCCCGCAGACAGCGAACCAGUGAAAGCCGUGAUUUAUGUCACAUGACGAAUGGGAUUGAAGACUGUGACGAUCAGCCACCUAAAGAAAAGAAAUCCAAGUCAGCCAAGAAAAAGAAACGCUCCAAGGCCAAGCAGGAAAGGGAAGCAUCGCCUGUUGAGUUUGCAAUAGAUCCCAAUGAACCUACAUACUGUUUAUGUAACCAAGUGUCUUACGGGGAAAUGAUCGGAUGUGACAAUGAACAGUGUCCAAUUGAAUGGUUUCACUUUUCGUGUGUUUCGCUUACCUAUAAACCAAAGGGGAAGUGGUAUUGCCCAAAGUGCAGGGGAGAUAAUGAGAAAACAAUGGACAGAAGUACUGACAAGGCAAAAAAGGAUAGAAGAUCGAGGUAGUAAAUGCCAUCCACGUUUUAAAAGGUUAUUUGUCUUUUAUAUAAUUCUUUCAGAAUUUACUUUCGGAAAAUGUUUUAGGGUAAAUGCAUAAGACUAUGCAAUAAUUUUUAAUCAUUAGUAUUAAUGGUGUAUUAAAAGUUGUUGUACUUUGUCUGUGACCUUAAUUUUCUGCACUGAAUUACCAAAUAUUUUAAACCAGGUAGGCUUUAGAUCACCUGAUGGAAGGAGCAGGGAGUAGGGAGAGCGUGGUGUGGACAUUAUAAAAGCUUCACAAACCAGGCCUGUUUUCACUUUCAUUUAAAACUACAGUGCUGUUUUUUGGGUAAACACCAAAGUUUUGCGAGCAUUUUAGUUCUCCAGGCUUUAAACAAUGUAGGUACAGUUGGAGUUCUCUGGAAGCCUUCAGAUUAUCUUGGGUAAUUUAAAAUACGAACACUACAUGUAGAGCUUCUUUCUCCCUAGCCCCAUUUAUACACACACAUGUUCAUCUCUAGUCUUCCAGGAGUCCAAGGAGCUAGAGAUAAGAGUAAUUUGGGAUUCCAUGUGGAAUACUGUGCUCUUACUAGAGUAUUUGCUGCUGUAUUUUCCUUAGUAGCAUUUUGAUACACUGUCAGUAGCCCAUUUGUAAAUGCCUUGCUGCUGCCUCCUAGGGACAUUUCAUCUAGUGCUUAAUAAGGGAGUUUUGUUUUGUUCUAAUUGGGACAGGUAAGCAUAGUUAGGAUCUCAAGAAUGGUGCCAUUGGCUUCUAGUGGAAAAUUCGGGGUUAUGUAGUAUCAUGGUUCAAGGUUGAGCAAUUAAAAAAAGGCAUCUUAUUUAACAACAUUUUCCAAUGAUCCACUGCUGUGAUUCCCGGCCACAGGCCUAUCAGUGGACAAAAUGGCAUACACGAGUCUUUAAAUACUGCCUUUAUGUCAAACAGGAGUUCAGAUGGUUUUCUAGUGGCUAUAGUUGAUUUCUGUCCCAAUCAGUGAUUAUAUAUUAUUUUAAGUAAUAGUGUAUUCACUUUAACUUUCUGGUAUUGGUGCUGUUUGAUGUUUUCAUGUUUAAUGAACUAAUUUCAUGAUAACAAUGCAAUGAAUAAUGUAUUUGUAAAUUGAAUUUUCCAAGAUUCUGCUAUUUUAAGGAUAAGCAUAUUGAUGGAUAUAUGAACAUCUAUUCGGAGAAUUUUUUUGGUUUGGGGAGGGGGCAUCAGAUUAACUAGUCCUUUAAAUCCGUGUGUAACAUACUUUUUAUUCCUCAUUUCUCCCUAAUCUGAUGAUCUUGAUUCUUUUUGAUUAACAUGUGAAAAAUUCUGUCUGCUUGUUUGGAAAAAAAAAAAAAAUUUUUUUUUUCUCUUCUA